AUGAAUUUCUUUAAAAAGAAGAAAAAACCCAAUGAUGGGAAGAUUAAUCUGGAUGAAUUAAAAAAAGAUAUUCAAAUUGAUUAUCAUAAGUUACCGUUAGAACAAUUUGAAAAACAAUUUGAAACAGAUAGUGUUAAGGGAUUGACAUCUGAAAAAGCUGCUCAAUUGUUAAUAAAAUAUGGACGAAAUCAACUUACACCCCCACCACAACCAUCUAAAAUAUGGGAAUUUCUUAAAAUUUUAUGUGGAGGUUUUAAUGCUCUUUUAUGGAUAGGAAGUUUAGCAUGUUUUAUUGGUUAUACUAUUGAAUCUCACUCAUAUGAAGACCCAAAACAAGAUAAUUUAUAUAUUGGUAUUGUUAUUGCGGUUGUUACAUUACUUACAUCUAUUUACCAUUAUUAUCAGAGUCGAAAAGCAUCAAAUAUUAUGGAAAGUUUUAAAAAAAUGGUUCCUCAUAAUGCUACUGUUAUAAGAGAUGGAAGAAAAAAAGUUAUUGAUGCUGGUGAAGUUGUUCCUGGAGACCUAUUAGAAAUUACUAGUGGUGAUAGAGUUGCUGGUGAUAUAAGAAUUGUUAAAUCUGCUGGUUUACGUGUUGACAAUUCAUCAUUAACUGGUGAAUCUGAACCACAAAGUAGAUCAAUUGAAUUUAGUAAUGAUAAUCCAUUAGAAUCUAAAAAUGUUGCAUUAUUCUCAACAAGUAUUGUUGAAGGUGUUGGAAAAGGUAUUGUUAUGCUUACAGGUGAUAAAACAAUUAUGGGAAGAAUAGCGUCACUCUCUAGUCAAGUAUCACCAGGAAAAACACCUAUUGCUCAAGAUUUACAUAAUUUUUUAAAAAUUAUAUCAUAUGUUGCUAUAACAAAAGGAAUUGUAUUUUUUAUUAUUCUUAUGAUUUUUAACAAAAAUCUUUUGGAAGCUUUUAUUUUUAUGAUAGCUAUUGUUGUUGCUACAGUACCUGAAGGAAUUAUGGUAACUGUUACAAUUUGUCUUACACUUACAGCAAAAGAAAUGGCUAAAAAACAUUGUUUAGUUAAAAAGUUAGAUGCUGUUGAGACAUUAGGAUCUGCCUCAACAAUUUGUUCUGAUAAAACUGGUACUUUAACACAAAAUAGAAUGACUGUAUCACAUAUUUAUAAUAACACUAGAAUUCUUGAUACAGCUCCAACAGAUCCUUUAAUAAAAGAAUUAACAAAUACUAAUUUAUAUCGUGUAGCUGCUUUAUGUUCAAGAGCCUACUUUAAAGAUGGAGAUGAAAAAAUACCUGUAAUGGAUAGAACAGCUAUUGGUGAUGCUAGUGAAAUAGCUAUUCUUAAAUGGUGUGAAUUUAAUGGUGAAAAUGUAGCUGAAUAUAGAAAUUUAUAUCCUAAAGUUUCUGAAAUACCAUUUAAUUCUGUAAAUAAAUAUCAAGUAUCUAUUCACAAAAAACAAAAUAAUUCAUAUCUUUUAGUUAUGAAAGGUGCACCUGAAAAAAUGUUUAGUUUAUGUAAAACUAUUGUUAUUGAUGGAAGAGAUCAUGAAAUAACUAAAAUUCAUAAAGAAAAAUUUCAAAGUGCUUAUGAAAAUCUUGGAGGAUUUGGUGAAAGAGUACUAGGUUUCUGUGACUUAGAUUUAGAUCCAGAAAAAUUUCCACCUAACUUUGUUUUUGAUAAUGAUAAAAUUAAUUUUCCUCUUGAAAAUCUUCGAUUCUGUGGUUUAAUUUCUAUGAUUGAUCCACCACGUCCUGGAGUUCCUGAGGCUGUUUUACUAUGUAAAGAUGCUGGUAUUCGUGUAACUAUGGUAACAGGAGAUCAUUUUGUAACAGCUCGUGCUAUUGCUUCACAAUGUAAUAUUAUUGAUAGUAUUUAUGAAUGUAGAAUGCUUGUAACAAAUGAUGAUUUUGAUACAUUUGAUUUUAUUACAUUAGAAAAACAAGCUGAUUCAGAACCUGAUGCAGUUGAAAAAAGUCAAUCUUUAAGAACUAUUGAAGAAAAACCAAGAGCAAUUGUUAUUCAUGGUGAUCAACUUCGUAGAAUGGAAUCUCAUCAAUUAGAUACAUUAUGUAGAUAUUAUAAUCAAAUUAUUUUUUCAAGAACAUCACCAACACAAAAACUUCAAAUUGUAGAAUCAUAUCAACGUCUUGGUAAUGUUGUUGCUGUAACAGGUGAUGGUGUAAAUGAUGCACCAGCACUAAAAAAAGCUGAUAUUGGUAUUGCAAUGGGAAUUGCUGGAACAGAUGUCUCAAAACAAGCUGCUGAUAUGAUAUUAAUGAAUGAUAAUUUUGCCUCAAUUGUUACUGGUGUAAAAGAAGGUAGAAGAAUUUUUGAUAAUCUUAAAAAAACUAUUGCUUAUACAUUGACAUCAAAAAUUCCUGAAACAAUGCCAUUUGUAUUACAUUGUAUACUUGGUAUUCCAUUACCACUUUCUGUUAUUGGUAUAUUUGCAAUUGAUUUAGGGACAGAUUUAUGGCCAGCUAUAUCAUUAGCUUAUGAAAAAGCUGAAUCUGAUAUUAUGAUAAGACCUCCAAGAAAUAUAAAAUAUAAUAAACUUGUAAAUUUUGUUCUUAUUAGAUUUGCCUACCUUCAAAUUGGUAUGAUUCAAGGAUUAGCUGGAUUUUUAACAUAUUUUAUAAUAAUGGCAGAUAAUGGAUGGUGGCCAUCAAAAUUAUUAUUUCAAAGAACUGCUUGGAGUGAUGUAAAUGAAAAUAGUCUUGUUGAUAGUUAUGGUCAGGAAUGGACAUAUUCAUCACGUCGUCAAUUAGAAGGAUGUUGUCAUGCAGCAUUUUUCUAUGCUAUUGUUGUUGUUCAAUGGGCUGAUCUUCUUAUAUCAAAGACACGUACUAAUUCAUUAUUUACACAUGGAAUUAGAAAUCAUGUUCUUAAUAGUGGAUUAUUAUUUACAGCAUUUCUUUCAAUAUUUCUUAUGUAUACACCUGGAGUUAAUACAGUUUUUGCUUUUAAUGGAAUAAAUUUAAAAUGGGCUAUGGUUGCUGUACCAUUUGCCUGGGUUAUUUUUAUUUAUGAUGAAACACGUAAAUAUUUAAUUAGAAAAUAUCCAACAGGCUUUUUAUAUAAAGAAACUUAUUAUUAA